AUGAGUGAACUGGCUACUCGACUUGAAGCUGCGUUUAAUAGGACGCUAGCUUGCCAUGUUCAAGACUCUACGGGUAAAGAGUCAGGCCCGAUGCGUUCCUUCGGCGUGGAGACAAGAAACCUGCACAAGAAGCACAAACCCAAGCGCAAGGUUUCGGAGCUAGAUGAGAUAGAAGCCAAGCGAGACCAGGCCUCUCGUGCUCAGCGAGCCUUCAGACAACGCAAAGAAGACACCAUAGCAUCUUUGAACUUACGUAUUAGAAGUCUUGACAAGACAGUUGAAGAUUUGAAUUCGUGUUUUCUUAACUUGACUGAUGAAGUCGUCGCGUCUUACUGGCUUCAGCACGAUCCGACGGUGACUAAAGCAGUUCAGAAAUCGAUUGAACGCUUUCUUUUCAUUGUUCGAGAAUCUGACAUCCACCAGAGGGACAAUGAGGAUAUCAUUGCUUACCAAAAUUCAACUUCCGCAACCAAUAAGCCACCCGCAAUGGAGAAAAAUGAUUAUGCAUCUCAUCAGAGCAGCCAUCGGGAUCCUAUAGCAGUAGCCAUGGAACCUAUGCCCACUGCAUCCCUUUGGAGGGGAGAAAAUCAAUGGUCGCUCUUUCGAAACAUUCCAGGCGAGAUUAUGCCAUCUCGCACUGAUGAAGUCAAUUUCAUGUCACGGUUACCAAUGCAAGGCCCAAGAAUCUCGAUCAUGGCGACCUUUGCCCAAAGGCUGCAUAUAGAAGCAAUCUGGUGCGGUUUACGGCUUGUUCAUGCAGCUGAUAGUUACUCGCAGCAAUUCUUCCAGGUCUUCAACCAAGUUCCCGAUUUCAACACACGUGAACGAUUGAAAUCAAUUCUGAAUAAUAUUUUCGACGUCCAGGGCAGUCCAUUGCUCGCGGCUCCUCCUGAAAGCCAUGUCAAUAUACUCUGUGCUGGAGGGUUGCCCUCUCCGUGGUUGAACGCUUCUGAUGUGGCCCGAUACUUUCGGAUAAUAGGCAUGGACUUCGAUGGCUCACAGGGUAUUGUCACCUUCAAAGACUAUCCUGGUACCUUGAAAAGAAGACUGCUUAAAGAGCAAGGACUGGGUACAACAGGCCACAGCUCUGUUGAUGAUGAUGGCACCCUAGAAUUGGAUUACAGAUAUCAGUCGCCAGGUGUGGCAGCUCACCACAACAACCCAAUUUCCAGUCACAGCGCUACUACGCAUGGUCUCAGCGGGUUCUGGAUGUCUACCAACGACGCUAGCUAUACCGAUCGAGACCAUGGCCAAUCAUAUAUAUGUAUUGACGUAUCGAGGCUAAUUCAGGAGAUUAUACUCGGCACACGUUGUGUACAAAGUUAUCCGGCAUUUAAUCGUGAUUUUUUGGAUCACGCACUCGCAAGGGCCGCCGUCAAGACUCGUUGCCUAAAAGAGUCAAGAUAA